CAGUCUCACUAUCUCGAUAUAUAUGCACACAUAUUUUUCUCUCAAGAUCAUCAAGGAGAUCUUAUCAUUGUGAUGCUGGAGCUGGACGCUGGCUGUAACAUGGAGGGAUGGGUCAAUAAUUCAUUCCUCCGGGAAUAAUUGCUCUUAUGCCCACCCUUCUUCCUCCCACAUAAAUAUGUGCUCCACCUCCUCUUGGUGUCUCGCACAGAAUACAGCACGAGGUUCGUAAGCGCGCCGAAUAGGCAGAGACAGCUCUCGUCGUGGCGCCGCACGAGCAGCACAGGUAGAGUCAGAGUCCAGAUCGAUCGAUCUAACCUGACCAUGGAUAGCCAGUCCGCGGUGACGAUGGAGGCCGGCGCGCCCACGAGGAAGGAGUCCGGGCGGCUUCCCUCGCGGCACGGCGGCCACGCGCACGGCCACAGCGGCCUCGCCCGGACGGCGCACGGCAUGUCUUCCUCGUCGCUGCGGAAGAAGUCGGACGCCACGCUGGUGCGCAAGGUCCCCGUGGCCUCGCUGCGCCCCGUGCUCGCCAAUCUCCAGGAGGUCCUCCUCGGCACCAAGCUCGCCGUCCUCUUCAUCGCGGUGCCGCUCGCCGUCGCCGCGCAGUGUUUCCGCUUCGGCCAGGUAUGGGUGUUCGCGCUUAGUCUAAUCGGCCUCAUUCCUCUGGCUGAGCGGGUCAGCUUCCUCACAGAGCAGAUUGCGCUCUACACUGGCCCCACUAUUGGCGGGCUCCUGAACGCGACGUGCGGCAACGCAACGGAGCUCAUCAUCGCCGUGUUCGCGCUGGUGCAAGGGAAGAUCGAGGUGGUGAAAUGCUCGCUGCUCGGCUCCGUGCUCUCCAACCUGCUUCUCGUCCUUGGCACCUCGCUCUUCUGUGGCGGCAUCAAAAACCUCGGGGCCGACCAGCCCUACGACCGGAAACAAGCGGACGUGAGCACGGGUCUGCUCACCCUGGGCGUGCUGUGCCAGUCUCUGCCGCUGCUGCUGCGUUACGCCGUCAGCUCCGGGGAGCAUGCUGUCGCCACUGACACCACGGUGCUGGAGCUCUCAAGGGCCUGCAGUUUCAUCAUGCUCCUCGCCUACGUCGCCUACCUCUUCUUCCAGCUCAAGACGCAUCGCCAGCUCUUCGAGCCGCAGGAGAUUGAGGGCGGCGAUGAUGAUGAGGAAGAGGCGGUCCUCGGCUUUGGGAGCGCGCUCUUCUGGCUCAUCCUCAUGACCAUCAUAAUCGCCGUGCUCUCCGAGUACGUUGUCGGCACCAUCGAGCCGACCUCGCAGUCGUGGGGUCUCUCGGUGAGCUUCAUCAGCAUCAUCCUGCUCCCCAUCGUUGGUAACGCGGCGGAGCACGCCGGAGCCGUGAUCUUCGCCCUGAAGAACAAGCUGGACAUCACCCUCGGUGUUGCCUUGGGGUCGGCUACCCAGAUCUCCAUGUUCGUGGUGCCAUUGAGUGUCCUUGUCGCUUGGAUCAUGGGGAUUCAGAUGGAUCUCGACUUCAAGCUGCUAGAGACUGGCUCUCUCUUCAUCUCGGUGCUAGUGACGGCCUUCACCCUCCAGGAUGGAACGUCACAUUACCUCAAGGGAGUCCUCCUCCUCCUAUGCUACAUUGUUAUCGGCGCUUGCUUCUUUGUUACGAGACAACCAGCACAUCACGCGAACGGCAACGGCACGCUGCUGGAUGUCCCAACGGGUCCCAUGAUUGUCCAGGUCGCAUAAGUACUGGGCUGCCUCAGCAAACUGGCAUGCGUGCAAGACAGCGAACGAGGUGUUAGCCUGAAGCCACCAAAUUCUGUCUAUCAUAUCGGGGCAUAACUGUGCCAAGGAAGAUUCAGGAAGAGAAUUCCCCGUGUCAAGAGUCCCCAUCCAAAAGGAAUCGCUUGAUUAGUUGUUGCCAGAAAAGCAUGCAAUUGUACCAGAUAUUUUCUUUAUUUUCUCGAAUCGUACGUAGUGCUAGCUAUUUUUAUUGCUUCUUGUAUAUUGUCUAGGUUGUUCGUCGUGCAAUAAGCCUAGCUCAUAUGCGUCUAGCCAUAUGUAUACAUCGGCAUCAGUGGGUUGUUACAGUUACGCAGAUCAAUAUGAUCUAUGCAAUGAUGCAGACAGUGGCGGAGCCAGCCAACUGAUGUUAAAUAAUGUUGGGAAGGGCCAAAGCCAGCAAAAUCAUCAUAAAUACACAAUAUUAGCAGCAGAUAA